UGCUCAGAUGCCCUACUCUUCUCUAUACUCCAUAACCAUUAUGGACGGGUCCGCGAAUGGCUUUCAUGCGACAAACGGGCAUGCCAAUGGCGCUGGCCAAUCGCCAAUAAAACCUCGGCUAUUCUGCAUGGAGAAACCUCCAUCGCUCGAAGACUUCACGAGGCUCACAACGGAAUCCGUUCCAGUUCACUAUCCUCUCGCCGCCUCAAUCCAGUCGAAUGUACCAACCUACGACCUGCCAGACUUCCACGCUACCACGGCAGAGCAACGCGAAGCACUCCAGGAUGAAUGGUACCACAUCCUCCUCUCCGGCCCAGGAGUCUUCGUUACGAAAGGGCUAUACAAAGACAAACCACUUUUAGAGAAGGUGAACCAAGUCUAUGCUCAGAUUAUCGAGAACGAGAAGAAGCUCGCUGGCAAGCGAGGCGACCAUUUUGCAGGCUCCGGCGCGAACGAUAGGAUCUGGAAUUCGUUUUCGAAGCACUGUCUCCAGGACCCGGAAUCUUUCCUGGCGUAUUACUCGAACCCGUGGCUUCCGAUCAUAUCGUCGGCGUGGCUGGGCCCGCACCAUCGCCUCACGGCGCAAGUCAACAUCGUGAAGCCCGGCGCGAAGGCGCAGAUCUCGCAUCGCGACUACCACAUCGGCUUUCAAGACAACGCGUCGUGUACAAAGUUCCCAAAAGCGCUGCAGGUUGCCUCGCAGUUCCUGACGCUGCAAGGCGCCGUGGCGCAUUCAGAUAUGCCCCUCGAAAGCGGUCCGACGCGUUUGCUUCCCUUCAGCCAAAUGUUCGAGGAGGGAUACAUGGCGUACCGCAUCCCGGAGUUCCAGAACUACUUCCUGGAGAAAUAUGUCGCCGUGCCGCUUUCGCAAGGCGAUGGACUCUUCUUCAAUCCCGCGCUGUUCCAUGCGGCCGGGCAGAACGAUUCCUCGUCCAUCAUGCGCUCUGCAAAUCUCUUGCAGAUAUCAUCUGCUUUCGGCAAACCGAUGGAGAUGAUCGAUACGUAUCCGCUUAUUGAGAGGACGUGGGAUGGGUUGGUUGAGCGGUACAGGAAGGAAGGUCUCAGCGACGAAGUCAGGGCCUUUGUGGGUAAUGUCGCGGAAGGGUAUCCGUUCCCCACGAAUUUGGAUCGGCGUGUUCCGCAGACAGCGGGUAUGGCGCCCGAGAGUGAGCAGGAUCUUCUGAUCCGUGGGUUGGAGAAGGGAUGGACGAAGGAAGAGGUGUUGGUCGAGAUUAGGAAGAUGAGGAGUGAUUCAAGAGCGUAAGCAUCCGCUCGUGGCAUAGUACAUGCGAACGAAGCGUGGUACAAAAUACUUCAUUUCCCAGUGUUUCACGCAGCUUAUAGGUGGGGUCAUUCCAUCCUUCAUCACUGUUUGUCAUUGACACUCACCUGUAUGUGAAUGUCUCGCCCUUUCAAUGUCUCAAAAGCAUGGAAUUAGCUACACAAACAGCAUGACUUCUGUCCAUAUCCUACUUACUUUCC